AUGGCUCCCUGCAAGCCCCAGCCCAAGAAGCCCAGGCAUCUCCCCCCUGCUGCUGCCCCUGCUGCCCCUGCUACUCCCCCUCCUCCUUGUGCUUCUCCUCCUGCUCCCCCCUCAGACAACUUGCUCUCCUCCCUUGACUUCAACCCUCCUGCUCCCCCUUCCCCUGCUCCCCCCUCUGUGAUGAAUCUGGUCUCCUCUCCUUGCCUUCCCCCUGCCACUGACACUCUGCAGCCUGUGAGUGUCAUGCAGACUCCAGCGCCUGGCCAGAAGAGGCCCUCUGAAGAGUCAAACACCCCCAGUGCUCCCAAACAUCCCAAGCAACUCCCUGGCAAGCAUGUUGACAAUGUGGUGGACCUUGCCAAGGCAAUGAAGAAGGCCCUCACCAUCAAGGAGAAGCUUGCAGUGAAGGAUCAGGAAAUCUUGGCUGAGAAGGCCAAAACACUUGCUGCUCAAGCCCAGAUUACUAAACUGAUGAAGCUCCUUGAACAUGAGAGGAGCAAAAAGAAGAAAGAUAAUGAGGCUGUCUCCACCCUCAUUCUGAAGCCUCCAGGGCAGGCUGGGCAUGGGGAGAAAUGA